AUGGAUAGCAAAGAAUGUUCUGAUAAUAUGGUGUUAACACAUGAAGAUAAUGAUAUAGAGAAUGUUAGAUCUAGUAUCUUAGCUGAUAGCACAGAUAGUUUAGAUGGGAGUGAAGUUUUAUCACAGUGUUCUAUAACAUUACAAAUGGAACAUCAAUUUUUAACUGAAAAUUUACAAUCAAAGACAACAAAGACGAAUGGUAGUCCUGUCAAACCUUUCUACAAAGUAACAAAAUUUGAUGGUGUGAAAUUCUGGAUUUGUCGUCACAAAAACUGUUCACGAGUGAAAUAUAAAAAGGAUGGUACUACCUCAAAUCUAUGGCGUUACUUAAGAAACAAACACCAUAUUUUAAGGGCUCUUGUAGAAAGUAAUCGAGUAAAAAUUGAGUUGAACAAUGGUGUUGAUUGUGAAUUUUAUGUAAUACCAGAAUCUACACAGACAACUCUAGUACAAAAAUUCAAUAAAGUGGGAAAAUAUUCACUUAAUAAUCCAAUACAAAAGAGACUCGAUAGUAAUGUGGCUGCACUUAUUGUUGAGGAUCUUCAUUCAUUUUCAAUCCUUCAAUCACAUGCAUUUAGAAGAGUAAUUGAAGGGCUUGAUUCUCGAGUUAAUAUAUUAAGCAAUGAUCGUUUAAAAGAAAUGCUUAUUAAUGCUGAAGAUAGAAUUUUACAGAAUAUGCGAGAGUAUACAUAUAAUGACAAUGAGAUAUGUUAUGUUUCAUUCACUACGGAUAUGCUUAGAAAUAAAACUAUAUGUGGUACAAUCGAUAAUGGAUCGAAUAUUAAAUCAUGUCUAGGAAAGCUUGAGCAAAAAUAUAGUAUAAUGAAAGUUUUUUGCUUUGGCCAUACCUUGCAACUAGCUAUUAAUGAUGCGUUGAAAGGAUGCCCUGAAAUUACAAACUUAAUAAAAAAAUGUAAGGAUCUUGUAUCCCAUUUCAGUGGCAGUCUGAAACAAAAACAGUUUCUUUUAGAAGCACAAAUACAAAUGGAUGAGUGGGAUAAGCUUCUUUUUGUAAUUCAAGAUGUUUCAACAUGUUGGAACUUUACGUUUUAUCUUUUAAAACGCUUAACUGUUCUUAAAGUAGUGAUAUAUAAAUAUAAAUCUUUAUUAGUCGAGGCUAAUGAAAGUUAUACAUUAAAACAUUAUGAGAAAAAAGAAUUGUUAUCUAGCGAUUGGGAAAAAGUAACUGAGCUAGUUGAGUUAUUACACCCAUAUGAAGUUGCUUCAAAACAUUUAUCUGGUUCAAAAUAUCCUACACUUUCGCAAGCAUGGUUUGCAGAUAUGCUGAUAUUUUCAGAAUAUGAAAAAAGUCAUACAAUUUCAGAAGCUCGUGCUGAAUAUUAUGAAUUAGCUCCUAAUUAUGAUAGUUGGUCAGAUAUAAAGAAUCAAAUGGAUUUAAGUCUUACAGUUACAGAAAAACGAACAAAUCUUGAUCCUCAAUAUGUUAAAACAAUUCUAUUUCUUAAGGCAGCACUAAAAAUUUGGCCAGUUUCUCAUGUUUUUAGUAUGGGAUAA